AUUAUUAUCAUUACUAAUGUCAUAAUAUGUUUGCUGCUGCAACCAAAAACUUUGUUAAACAGGUUGGUGAUGGAGGAAGAUUAGUUCCAGUGCCCAGCCUCAGUGAAGCUGAUAAAUACCAGCCUCUGAGCCUUGUGAUUAAAAAAAGAAAAUGCUUGCUUUCAAAAAAGUCUAAAUUUGCUUCAACACCUUUCACAUUAAAAGACAUUCUUGAAGGGGAGAAAGAAAUUUCUGCAGGUGUCUCAUCUUACCAGUUGCUCAACUAUGAAGACAAAUCUGAUGUUUCGCUGAAUGGUAGAAGAGGAAAUCAGAUAAUGAAUGAUGUUGGUUUUGAUGUUGCUGGAUCAGAUUCUGUUGCCUUUAAAGCUUCAUUUGGCAUAGUGACCAAACACGAGGUUGAAGUACCAAGAUUACUUAAAGAACUUUCUACAAGGAAAAUAAACUUUGAUCAUUGUCUAGUCCAUCAAUUAAGAAAAAGUAGGAUGGAAAUUUUAUGUGUGGUCAUGGAAAGUAUUCGUACUACAAGGCAGUGCUCAUUAACUGUCCAUACUGGAAUGCGUGGAGAGACAAUGAGGUUUCACAUUAUUGAAGAUCAGAAUUCUAAAGGGCGGGACAAAGCCAUUGUUUUUCCUGCGCAUACAACUAUUGCUUUUAGUGUAUUUGAACUCUAUAUUCAUUUGGAUGGUAAUUUUGAACUCUGUGUGACUCCAAUUGCAAAAGGAGGAUUUGAAAAAGAGAAAUCUGGACCAUCUUCACUGACCAAACUAAGGAGAUUAAAGAAUAAUCUCUUUCAUCGAAAUAAAGGAGUAGUGGAAAUCAUUGCUAACUCUGAUCCUUACCUGGAGGACCUUUUUACAGAUUAUUAUGAUAAAGCUGCGAGCAUGACUGAUCUCUCUACAAGCUAUCUCAGAGAUGGUUCUCAUAUCCGAAUUAAUUUACUUAACAACAACAUCCCCAAAGGUCCUUGUGUCCUCUGCGGAAUGGGAAGUUCUAAAAGGGAGACAGUCUAUGGAUGCCUAGAGUGUUCUUUUAAUGGACAGAAGUACGUACGACUGCAUGCUGUGCCCUGUUUUGACCUCUGGCAUAAGAGACUAAAGUAACUGAGCUAGGUAAGUGCCUAUUGUCACUGACAUAGGCAUAACUGUGCCACAAACUUUUCAGACUUAGUAACUAUGACUCAAAUUGUGAAAUGCAAAACAGUGAAAGUGCAAAACAUUUUAUUACACUCUUCAAAUUCUUUCCUUCAGUCAAUGACCUUUUACAACACACUCAUGUGUUCCCUGACAUUGUUUUUUUUUUCUUUCUAGAGCCUUCUCAUGAUAAUGAAAAAUU